GCGCCUCUCCCUGGUGUGUCACUUUGUACAGGCACAGCCCGGGCAGCCUCUGGCUUCUCUUCCGCCCCACGUGAUUCUGUUUUAUUCACACGUCACAUUAAUCCCAGGGCCCGGCGAGUAAGAGCCCAGAAUCCAUCAGGCACAGACCGGACCGCUAUUGGGUCCUUCUCGCUGUCAGCUGACGUCGCUGUGAGUCGGCGGCACUUCCGGUGGAGCAGCUGUUACUGGCGCGAUCAUGUUGGGAAUAUUCAGCUCCAUCCCGACCCAGAUGGACUUCAAGGGUCAGAAACUCGCCGAACAGAUAUUCCAGGGCAUCAUCCUCUUCUCUGCGGUCGUGGGAUUUCUCUAUGGUUUUGUGAUGGAGCAGUUUGGUUGGACCGUGUACAUUGUGAUCGCAGGAUUUGGAGUCUCUUGUUUGCUCACCCUGCCCCCGUGGCCCAUGUACAGAAAGAACCCGCUGAAAUGGCUCCCGGCGCAGGACUGUGCCCAGGACGAGAAGAAGCCAACGGAGAAAAAGCCCAAAAAGCACAAAUAGCCUGGGGGCGUGGCUUGUGGGAGGGACCCGUCUGUGACCAAAUCUGGAGAAUGGACUUGAGCCUGGGAGUGGGAGGAGCUUUCUGCUAAGCAGAACAUUGGGCAGUGCCGGGGGAGGGGCCACUUGUCUUGUGUCCAAUAAAUCCAUUGUCAGAAA